GGUUAUUGACUCGACAUUGGUGCUACUUGUGUAGGUCAUGUUGUUUACUAUCCGUGUCCCAAAUAACUGUGUUUCCUCUUGCAUUUCUCCCCGCGCUUGUUUACAAAUCAACAAUAUUUUAGUAUUUACAAGUGAUAUGACACUAUUUUUCCGAAGGUAUAGACAGGUCACACAACGUCUGUGAGUCAGUGAAACGCUAAUUUACCGACGCGUUGUUUAUGAAUAAGCAGUUAAAAAAUUCAACCUACAGAUUGGAUGUUAGACAGUUUGGCGUAAAUUUGGGCGGAAUUUAGAUAAUUCGGUGAACAUUUAGAUGGAAUGCGAACAUUUUGGCAACUACUAUGGUGUUGAGGUGUAAAUUAUUAUAUUUCUACCUGGAUUAGAACCGAAUUCCCUAAGCUGGUGUUGCCCGUAUUUCCUCAAAGUCCGCCUUUAUUUCCCUAUUGUGUAAUUGGAAAUCAGUUCUUACUGGUUUGUCUUAUAACAGAGCAAUACGAAUACUCAAAGCUUGCUCAAGACUUAUUGGAAAGCAUUAUUUAAACAAGAAAAGUUUUGAAGUGUCACUUAAGUGAUAAGUAUUCAGUGCACCAAUAUAUUUUUGAUUUUCCCCUGAGGGGUGUGAGUAUUACGAAGAUGUACAUAUGUACUUAUUUCCAGAUGCCUUCAAAAAUCAUUUCCUUAGCUUAAACAUACAAGUCAACUGUCUUGAGUUCAGGACUGGGUGUUCGGAAAUGUUAUUGCUGUCGGCCUCAUGGUCUAGAAAUACUACUAAAAUCUGUCAGUACGAAAAAUCAUAUAGCUCCUACCCAAGACAAAUGAAAAAUGCAAAUGUACCAUCCUUUGAUGCAUUCGAUGCGCUGAUGAUUGAAAUAAUCAAAUAUUCAAAUUCCGUUUCAAGUGAUGAUUCGGAUAUUCGUUUUCUUGAAUCCCUUGGUGUAAACGUAAGCGAAAAGUUAAUCGAAAAAGCUACAAAAGAUCAUGCCAGGUUUAUCAAUGAAUUAGAUAUUGUUAAAUAUGUAUGCACAGAAUUUUGGUCAUCCGUAUACCACAAACAAGUUGAUACGCUUAAAACCAAUUACCAAGAUGUUUACGUUCUGAUUGUUAAUGAUUUUCAGCCUUUAGUGAAAUUCGAAAGUAUCCCAGAAGGCAUAUCAGAAAUCCCAAAGUAUCUGGCGUUCCCUUCAGGACUUUUGAAAGGAGCUUUAUGUAGUCUUGGAUUGAAUUGUGUUGUAGCAGCAGAUUGUGAACAACCACCUACAUGUAAAUUCACAGUUACAGUGCUUUCUUACAGAGGUAUAAGCUGAAAUUGUGAACAUAUUUUGUUAUUUGUGGAUUAAACUGGCCUACUUGUAUAUUUCCGAUUUUUUUAUUAAACCGAGUUUUCUAAUUUAUUAUGAUUUCUGAUUUAAUUUUAGUCUUGCAGAAAACAACUCUCCCAUUUAUACUGUUAUCUAUGUUCCAUAACCAGAGCGACCGACAACGUUUACUUAAACGAUCAUCACUUGUACUUGGUGUAACGCACCUUUAUCUAAUUAUCAACCAUAAAAUGGUAUCCAGUUUGUAAGCGUGACUUUCUUAUUGAUUUUAUUUUAUUGCAUUCUUCAUUAUUGUUCGAGUUUCGCCUUUGACUGUAGCUACGCGAAGAUUGGUUUUACAGUCAUGUGGACUUGCUCGAGGAUUACAUCUAUUGGGGAAAUAGGAUCUAGACCUACUGGUAUCUUUCACAGCAUUUUCUGUCUGCGAAUUUCAGAGACGUAUAAUCGACUGUGACCAUUUAGAGGAACAAAAAAUAUCUGAGCACAUCGAAUAAUGACUGGCAAAUCCAAUGAUCACUCGUGUAUUAUCAGAUGCGGAAAAACCAACAGCUAAAAUUUAAUAAAUAGGAAUCUACCGAGCUACUUUAUUGUAAAAUGGUUGAAUGUAUAUCUUAGUCGCUAGGUACUUAGUGGGUUGGAUUUGUCCAAAAUUUGCUUCUAUUUAGGCUUAAUAGAUAGUGGAUGCCUCAAAGGCGUUCAAAAUAACUGACCAACAGCGAACACCAGUUCUACUUCUCUCUCAAGAGGUCACUGCCAUCAAACGUUUCUAAAUUGACUGUACGGAAAGGGUACACGAUCAACUCCUUUAUAUUGUAAAUAUAAUCAGAUGGUUUUGUCACUUAGUUUUAUUUGUAAUUGUUCAUUAAUGUUCACCUAUGGAACUGACUUUGGUCCUAAUUUUAUUGAUUAAUGUGUACUUACGCUUGUUAGUCCUCAUGGAAGAGCAUAAGCUUUCCAAUCAUUUUUAUUAUAACUGGUUUCUUAGCAAUUUGUAGUACAAUGUUUAUUAUCGUAUUGUAUCUCUCAUUAUUAUUAGUUUUUAUGUAUUCUGAACAUUUCAUUUUCAUAAACUAAGCAUGUCAACUCUAUAUUUUUGAUCAUAUUGUUCUUCACAACUUGACGUUGCCUGUAACUCACGAGAACCGUUAAAAUAGAAUGAAUUCAUUUUACUUUGCAAAUCUUGUUUUUCUUGCUUUAUUCUAAUUUAUCAAAGAAUGUCCAAAAUCAUAUCAAUACGUCGGUCAUAAUUUCAUCGACUUAGUUGUGCCAGGGUGUACGUUAAUUAAGUUGAAGAAAAUAUUACUAUGCAUUGUUUGGCGGGACUAGUUGAGAAACAACUAGGCAUCAGUCCUUGACAUCACUAACUUCUAGUCUGAGCCAUGUUGACAGAUACUGACUGCUUGGUUGGCGUCCGCGCAACUAUCGUAACCAACAGUUGAAGACUGGGUGAUAUGGCUCAGAAUCGACCAUAAUGAUGUAGGUGUUUACUUCUUGCCUUUCUUUAAACCGUGGGAUUAAAAUUACUUCAUACCUUUAUUUCUACGAGCUAAUUCUUUCUCACUGUAUCAUAUCCUUAUAUGCAGUCCUUCUUUUAGAUAUUAUUAGCAUUGAAGUAGCCACUUCUAUGAAUUUGGUGUUUACGUUGUGCUGAUGAGGUGUAACAAUUUGGACCGAUGCAUAUAUGUGCCUGGCCCUACGUUGUAGUUAACUGACUGACUAGUUGAAAACUUUUUCGGGCAAAAAUAAAUGCCAGUUAAUGACUGUUGAAUAUAUUUAUUCACAAGCUAAAUAGGUGUAAGAUAUGAGUCUGUUAUCAUACUACAUAUGUGCUGAGAAUUCUUUACAGUAAAUGGAUUAGUGGACAUAGAUUUUAGUGUACAGGAGAUGGUUACGUGUAGCACGUAGAGAUUCGUCAUAACUUUUUAACAGACUAUUAACUAAGACAGCAUGUGACUAGUGAGCCAUUUUUACCUUCCUAACAACUCUUGAUAAGUGAUGAUGACCUUUAGUUCAACACCUUGUAAUCCUACGAUUACACAUCUUAAUGUGCUUGUGUGUGUCUGGACACUUAUAACUUUAUAUAGUGCUUAUAUCCUUGUCACAAUAAAUUAUCUAUUUUGAGUCAUAUUAACGCUUGCAAUGAGUAGUAUUUUAAGUGGACAGAUUUGUUUUCACCUCUUAUUUUGCUGUCUGAAAUUGGUUCAGUUUAGCCUUAGUAAAAUAUACAAAAUCAAGCGGUGAUUUUUUAUUGGUGGUUCACUCUUCGUUCGUUCCCUCGUCAUUCAUUAUGGAGUCAAAUCGCGGGCACAAUAUAUGUACUGACAAAAUGUAGAUAGGAUUUUAAUAACGACAUAAAGCCUGAAAUUAGCUUAUUGAUGUCAUAGGAUAUUGAGGUGUUGAGUUUAAAAUUUCACAUCACGAACUCACUUUUGUUAGGUAAAUAUUGAGAACCACUAAACAGUUGCUUUGUCCUGGUAUGAGACUUCAGUAGUCCACAUAUACAGCCUCACUAGGGGUCAGACCUUCAGGAAUGUAAGUGUACAGUUACAUUAUAUUCAGACCUUCCAGUUAUAUGGCGCUGGCUGUUUUUUGGCCAGACUAUAUCCAAUCCAGCACAAAUUGGAGUUUUUCGGGAUUAAUCAAUGGAAUGUGUCGUAUAAUACGUAUAACCUAGCGUGUAGGUACUGUUUUGUGUUGAAGCUCCGUCUUUUGCUUGUGUUGUAGUAAACUCCAACCCAUAUUUUGAGUUGUACUUUGGAGGGCGAUUUUUUAGUCACGAUCCUUAUGUGUCCUUGUUUAUGCUUUUCAAAAUGAAUCCUCAC